AUGGCAGGGGACUAUAUAGUAAUUUCUGAUGUCGAUGAUGAUGACUUUGAAGACGAUUUUGAAGCCGAUGAUAGUGAGUUAGAAGAUGGAAUAUUCCAGGAGGAGGAUGUGGAUGGCCAACGUGUUGCCAAGAAUACUGUUGGGUCACCUCCUGACGAUUCAAUGCUGCCCGCUAACCUGUG